AUGUUUACAAGCUUGAGCUGGUAUUGUAGCGUGAGCCUUAAACGCUCUGGGGUUCUAAACCUGGAGUGUGUCCGGGUUAUGGUAUGUACUGAGGUAGUCGGUCGAAUUUCUUAGCGCGCCUUGAUCCCAUUUACGUCAGGAAUCUUUGACUCCGCGGACGACUGGUGAAUCCACCCAACAUUCCUUACCUUUCAUGUAUCUACCUUAUCUACCAAGUUGAAGAAGGGGCCGGCCAUGCUCAGCGCACGUGUCGGAGGUCCGAUAUUGCUGCGGUCCCUCUCUCGACGCACAAUUCCGAGAUCGCUACCACCAGCACCAAAACUCCAGAUCCAGCCCCUGACGCGAGCCAUCUCUUCUUCAAGUUCCUCGCCCGCCUCUUCCUCCCAACAACGCAGCAUACGGAGCAACGACUGGCGCGCCAUGGCCGAACAGGACAUCACCAAAUACCUGCGCCAGACGCAUGACAGCGUCUUCGAGAAAAACCGCGCCUGGGCCGCCGAAAAGAAGGCCAAAGACCCAGAGUUCUUUGCCAACCUCUCGGCGGGGCAGAACCCGGAAUACCUCUGGAUCGGAUGCAGCGACUCGCGCAUCCCCGCCGAGCAGAUUACGGGGCUCGAGCCCGGCGACGCCUUUGUGCACCGCAACAUUGCCAACCUGGUGUGCAACACGGACCUGAACGCCAUGAGCGUCAUCACCUACGCCGUGGAGCACCUCAAGGUCAAGCACAUUGUCGUCUGCGGCCACUACGGCUGCGGAGGCGUCAAGGCCGCCAUGACGGCCAAGGACCUGGGCAUCCUCAACCCCUGGUUGCGCAACAUCCGCGACGUCUACCGGCUGCACGAGAAGGAGCUCGACGCCAUCCAGGACGAGGAAGCGCGCUACAACCGCCUGGUUGAGCUCAACGUCGUCGAGCAAUGCCGCAACGUGAUCAAGACGGCGUGCGUGCAGCAGUCGUUCGCUCGGAACAAGUUCCCUGUCGUGCAUGGUUGGGUGUUUGGGUUCCAGGAUGGGCUGCUGAAAGACCUGAAGAUUGAUUUUGAAGGCAUCCUGCGGGAUAUCCAAAAGAUUUACAACUUGACGGAGAACUGAUGGCACAAAGCGAAUUUGCAUUAUCAAAAGUGCAAAUCAUUUGUAUGUAUGUAGCUUAGGCAACAACAGCUUGAGCUUCUUGACUGUUGGAACCGUCCACAAGACACCAAAGCAACAGAAAUUUCUCGAUGCAACGGUGCCAUUGGGUCUUGAUUCUUGAGCGAUGAGCGUCAUGAGACAGUCAGGUAGGUAGCGUAAGGCACAAGUACGGUGAUCCGAUGACGGCUCAGCGAUGAAGGGCUAUUGGUUGGAUUUGCAAACCCCUCACAAAUGGUGAUUGAUCGAAUUCCAUUUGUUUCCCAUCCGGAGCUGCAUCUGAAAAGCGAGAUUCCCACCGGUAUCUGUGCCCGGGUAGGG